AUGUCAGAGGAUCGUAAAUUAGAGCAAAUUUUCUCCGAUUUGGCCGCCUGCGAGAACUCCAUGGAGAAAGUGGAACGAGAAGUUGAACAGUUCAAAGCUACGAAAACCAAAGAUGUUUACUUGAAACGUCAAGAACUUACUAAGCAGAUUCCAAAAUACUGGUUUAUUGUUUUGUCAGAGCAUGACGACUUUUCUGAAUAUAUUCAAACAGACGACUUAAGAUUUCUUGAGAAUAUCACGGAUAUCUAUGUUGACUGGGAUUUGGAAAAUUCUCGUGAUUUUUCUAUAACUAUUGCAUUUGAUGAUUCAGACAAUAAAAUCACUGCCCAGGUUGUGACCAAACAUUUUAAGUCAGAAAUAGACGAAGAAACAAAUCAAGAAAAGCUUGUAUCUGAACCUGCUACGAUUCAAUGGCCUAAGGAGUAUGAUUCUAUAAACCCCUAUAAGAUCACUGAUAAGAAAUCGGCGGAGGGAAAGAAAAACUACAGAAAGGGGAUGAAAACUUUUUUUGCAUGGUUUUCAUGGACAGGUAAGAAAGCUGGAAAAGAAUUCAGAUCUGGAGAAGAACUGACACGAGCUCUGGUAGAAGACAUUUUCCCCUACUCUACUAAAUACUAUACUCAAGCCUGCUUAACUGGUCAAAUUGAAGGUGAUUCAUCUAGCGAGGAAUUAGAUGUCAGCGAUGAAGAAGUUGAUGAAAAGGAUGAGGAGGAAGAAGAGGAAGAGGAAGAAGAGCACCGAACCAAAAAACCUAGAAUAAAUUGA